CGCAGCGCUACCCGCAACAAUAAUUUCUGCUAGAGGAGCGUUCUUUUUGUUUGUUUUUUGCAAGGAAAAGACAGACGGACUGGAGAGGACAGUGAGUUGUUUGCAGAUAACAACCACAAACAUCCCUGGAUAAUUCUCAAGAGAACGCCGCUCUCUCGCCACCUCGACACUCCUUCCUCCCCAUACACCAACAACCCCCCCGCCAUAGCCUGCCCUGCAAAUAUCCACCCGGAAUCAAAUAGAGCUCAGCCACGCAAGCAUCCCAUGUCGUCUCUCGCGUCCGCUCCCCCUACAGCAUCCAUACCCGCCUCCGACUCCUACAACUCCCCCGUCCAGUCCUCCGGCCCAGGUUUAAGCAACGGCAACAGUACUCCGUCAAAGUGGAAGAGUGUCUUUAAACUUGGGAGGACAGCGACAAUAGGGAGGGGUAAAGAGAAUAGAUCAGCGUUGGGUGGUGAGAGCUUUGUGCUGGAUAACAAGGAACAACAGUCAUUUGCAGGUGAAGUCUCGCCUGCGGUGCCAACAGAACCUUACCUUCCCCCUCGUAAAACACAACUUCGCGCUCAUACCGACCCUUACCCACCUAAAUCGCCCAGCGUCAAAAACAACCCUGGUAGUGUGAGCGUUGAACACUUUGAUUCUAAAGUACUUCACGAAGAAGGCAUGCCGAAGACGAGAGAAGAGGGUUCGAGUGAGAGUUUCAAUGUCCAUCUCAACUCGAGUAAUGGAAAUCUCCAAACAACAUCGACCUCGGGUGAACAGUCGCGACCUUAUUCGUCUGUGACGGAUUCUGCGUCUGCAUCUACUACAGAGCGUACUUCGCAUUCUUCCGGCGGUCACUUCCUCCCGGGAGAUGGGAGUUUACAUGGUGUCGCCUCGUCAAACACCUACGGGACCGCGUCUACUCGUUCACCCACUGGCGGUCCGCUUGGGAUUGGGAACUUGAAAAGCCGAUUUUUCUCAGCACCCUUAUCUGCACCAGCGGGUAAGAACAAGCACGAUAAGAGUAAGAGCGAAAAGUACCGUGGUCUAGGAAAAGUCGCUACCGAUUUCCCCCAGUCCACCGCACCACCAUCCAGUGCAGGAGGAGCGUCAAGCAGUGGUGGAGGGAGGAAGAAGAGUGAUGGUUCAUCGUCGCUUUCGUCGAGAGGCGCAGCGUCACCGCGAACGCCCGCGAAAUCGAAGCGCGAACCGUCAGCCAACUCUUCUAGGCGAAUGCCGUUUGGGCAGACUAACGAUAAUGGAAGCAACUCUGGAUCAGUAGCCGCGAGGUUUCUCCGACGGGUGGUCUCUGCCCCAAACACAAAAGCCCUCUUCUCCAAUAACCUUUUCAGCAACGCUCCUGAUGUACCGCCAUUACCUGCACCCAAGAAUCAGCCUAACAGCUCAACUUCCAGCAAGGAAAAGUCCUCAUCACCUGUAGUGAUCGUCGGCAACUCUGGAGGACAUAUCGACCUCACUUCUUCCCCGGAUAGCGACCACCCGCCAUCUAUCAGUCCAUUAUCCAACUCUUCCACAAUGUAUACCUCGCAGACAUCACAUACCCCCUCAGCCUCAGCCUCAGCGACUCCUACCCCCUCGCCUCUCAAGCAGAAGAACCAUUUUUUGAGCCCGACGGCUUCUCCUAGUCCGGGUCAAGGAUCGGGGCUUUCUGCCAAAGGAACAAGAGCGAGUAGGAGCUUGACGACAGGUACGGCGCCGGUACUGAAAAAUAUCAGACAGCUCCAGGGAUAUUCGGGGUCAAGUCCCGGGGGAGGUGGGUAUAUGGAUGGGGAGAGCAGGCAUAAGCAGGUAUUUAAGAGGACGUAUAGUAGUAAUUCUAUAAAGACCAAACAGGUUGAAGUGACGGCGUCAUCGUUCCAGAAGAUAAAACUGCUGGGUAAAGGAGAUGUUGGGAAAGUGUAUUUGGUGAGGGAGAAGAAGACGGAUAAGCUGUUUGCUAUGAAGGUGUUAUCGAAAAAGGAGAUGAUCAAGCGAAACAAGAUCAAACGCGCUCUCGCUGAGCAAGAAAUCCUCGCAACAGCAAACCACCCAUUCAUCGUCACCUUGUUCCACUCGUUCCAAUCGCAAGAUUACCUCUUCUUCGUUCUUGAUUACUGUAUGGGCGGUGAAUUCUUCCGUGCGUUGCAGACGAGACCGGGGAAAUGUUUGUCGGAGGAGCAUGCCAAGUUUUAUGCGGCGGAAGUAACGGCAGCAUUAGAGUAUCUUCAUUUGAAUGGGUAUAUCUACCGCGAUUUGAAACCUGAGAAUAUCCUCCUCCACCAGUCGGGACAUAUCAUGCUUUCUGAUUUCGACCUCUCAAAGCAGUCUGGUGAAGCGGGUGGUGCGCCAGCAGCUAUACGUCAUGGUGGACCUAACGGCCAAACGAUACUGGUAGAUACGCGUUCGUGUAUAGCGGAUUUCAGAACCAACUCGUUUGUCGGUACGGAAGAGUAUAUUGCACCAGAGGUUAUUAAGGGACAUAGUCAUUCCUCGGCUGUGGAUUGGUGGACGCUGGGUAUUUUGGUUUAUGAGAUGAUUUUUGCGACGACACCAUUCAAGGGUCCAAAUAGGAACGCGACAUUCGCGAAUGUCAUGAAGAAUGAAGUCCUCUUCCCUGAAUCAGUACCCGUUUCAAGCAAUUGCAAAUCAUGUAUUCGCAAGCUUUUGAUCAAAGAUGAGAACAAGCGUCUUGGUUCUGCGUCUGGUGCGAGCGAAGUGAAGCAGCACAAGUGGUUUGCAUCGGUGAACUGGGGUUUGUUGAGGAAUAUGACACCGCCUAUUAUCCCCGAGGAAUCAAAUGGAAUUGAUACAAUAAAUUUCCGACCUUUAAGAGAAAGCAAGAGCAUAGAUUUCGAUCGAGACGAUAUUACUACCGACAUCAUCCACGCCAAAGCAGGUUCUCCUUCCGUCUCUGGGAACUCUACUCCAGGUAUGCUCACCCCUAAGGAGCUCGUCCAAACAACGUCAUCAUCGUCACCCAUCGGUGGUGGAGCUGGCGGUACAUCUGGCCACUCUUCGUCAGCGAUGCCAAUACCAGGCUCGAUGCGGGGAUAUGAUAAGGAGAAGAACCCGUUUGGGGAGUUUAGCAGUGUGACAAGAGAUUUUGGGGAGUGCUAAAACAAUCAUUGAAGCAAAGCAGGAGAAAGGGAAUGAGGGAAUUUUUCACGAGCUUUUUCUUGUUUUUGGGAGUUCAUUUUAAUUCAAAAACUCAUACGCUGUAACGUUUAACGUUUGCCUCCUCUUCUUGUCCUCAAAUUCUAUAUCUUUCAAAUCUAUUUGUUUAUGACUAUCUCGCAUCAAUUGUUGAGUGUUGACAAUUAGGUCUCUUUCGUAUUUUUACGUCUUUCCUUUGGCUACUUUACAUUAUUUCUAUCAUCAUCUCUUUUCAUAGGUUGCUUCGUCUGGGAAAGUCUUCUAGUAUGGCUACUGGGGACAGUAUUUGUUGUGUAUAUGUAGCCGUUGUGUAGUAUGCAGACUCUUAUGUGUC